AAAAAAAUCAAAGAUUUUCUAUUCAAAUACAUUUUAUUGGAGAAAAAAUAAAUAAGUUAGAGAAAGUAUACAAUCAAGCGAGCUGGCGCAAAAGUAGUGGAAAAGUUUAAAAAACAAUUCUUAUUUUCCGACUCAAAGUGCCACAGCGCCUUCACGUGCGUCGCCACAAUAAACCGCCUCCAUCCUCUAGCACACGGAAACCCAUUAUUCCGCUAAGCAUUAUGGAAUACAAAUUAAUAACUGAGGACCGUUUCGACGAUGUCGUUGCACAUUUAAGUACCAAUUUCUUCGCCGAUGAGCCGUUGAAUAAGGCGGCGGGUCUAUGUCGACGCGGGGAGGGUCAUCGAGAAUUGGAGCAGCUUUGCUAUGAGACACUUAAGGAUAAUUUGAGCUUAAUGGCUGUGAACGAGAAUAACGAUAUCGCUGGUGUGCUGCUCAACGGUGUUGUCUAUCCGCAAGAUAUCCUGCAAGCUCACGAGCGUAUCGAAAACAGUGAUGAUGAACGCUAUAAGAAAAUAUUUCGUUUAUUAAAUGAGCAUAAUCUGCGCGCAAAUAUAUUUGGAAAUUUCAAUGUAGCACGUGCCUUUGAGGUGCGUAUGCUUUCGGUGGAUGGACGCUUUCGUGGACAGGGUAUUGCUAAAGAGCUAGUGCGGCGUAGCGAGACAAUUGCAAGGGAUUUUGAAUUUAAGCUCAUGAAAGCCGAUGCAACAGGAAUUUUCUCACAAAAAAUUCUGAAAUCAAAUGGUUUCAAGGUAUUGAGCGAAUUCUACUAUGAUAAGUAUACAGAUGAAUUUGGUAAGCCCAUAUUGUUGGUGGAGGCACCGCACAUUAAAUUGCAGCUGCUAUACAAACUGUUGGAAUAAGGUGCAUAUAACAGGUAUGAAAAAACUAGAUGAGUAUAAAGUGCAAGAAAAUUAAUAAAAAAAAAUAUAGUUAUAA